AUGCCUGCGCGCGCCUGGCGGCAAGGCAGCUGGCAAGUGAUCUCUCCGCACGAAGAAGGCAACCCCGACGGUUACGGGCGCCGCGUGCAUCGUAAGUGGCGCCCGCGUGCAUCCUUUGGGCUGGCUUGCGCUCAGGCGCAACGCGGAUUCUUGUUGUAUGUGGCAGGCGGCGAAGAUGCAUCCGGCCAUCGACUGAGCGACGUCUGGGCAUCCCAGGAUGGUGGCGCUCAGUGGCGCUGCAUGUCCCAGGCGGCUCCCUUCGGAGCCCGCGCUUCUCCAGCCCUGGCCGCGCUUCCCAAGCGGCCGGAGCGUGUCGUCCUCUGUGGUGGGAUGGCUGCAUCUGCAGAGCUAUGCCACGACGUGUGGGUCAGCGAAGACGCAGGCUACAGCUGGACCCAGCUCGCCAGACCUCCUUGGGCGCACAUUACCGGCCGGUUCCGCAGCGCCUUGCUGGCGUUGCCCCCGGCCGCAGGCGAGAUGGCGGAGUUGAGCCAAACUGCGACAGUGCUGAUGCUGGGUGGCUGCUUCAUCGACGGCGGCGACGGCGCUUAUGGCGGCUUUGAGCGCCUCAUGCACGAUGUUUGGGAAGGCCGCAUCAACUUCGGCAAGCAGGCCGCGGAGUGGAGCAGCUGGGGAACUCAAACCGAUGAUCGAGGAAGGCCAUGGGCCAGGCUGGGUGUGGAUGCGGCGAGCUGCGCCCGCGAUGGGCGUCGACUGGUUGCAUUGCUACCAGGCCGCCCCGCCGUAUCGGAAGUAGCCCUGCAGCGGCCAACACAAGAGGUCGAGUCUCUACAUUGGCGUGCUUCACAGACUUUCGAUGGCCCGUCUCAGUGCACGCUGCGCGUCGCAGCGUCUCGGAACUCCCUCCCGCGGCUCCUGCUCGCCUUUCCAGAAGGCCUCUUGGUGUCUGGACCAAGGGAGUGGCGGAGGCAGCUGAUCUUCCUCCUCCUCCUUGGCCUGCGGCUAUCGACUCGCCAUCAGAUCCCUGAGGAGAUUUGGCGGAGGAAGGUGCUUCCGGGAGUGCUCCCGGCCAUUCCGCAGUCGGCUUAG